CCAAAGGGUGGAGUCUGAGCAAAAGUGCUUUCAAUUUCUCAGUCAGAAGUCUGACUAUAAAUUUAUAAGGAACUUUGAGAAGUUUUAUUUUCAUUGAAGAAGAGACACGGGAGCUGUGGACCCCACUGGAAUCCUAGCUGGAGAACUAGUAAUGGAAUCUUCACCUCUUGAGUUACCAGCUGACACACUGCAACGCAUUGCAUCUGAACUUAGAUGUCACCCAACAGAUGAGAGGGUCGCCCUCCGCCUCGAUGAGGAAGAUAAGAUGAAGCACUUCAGAGAGUGUUUUUAUAUUCCCAAAAAGCAGGAUCUUCCUCCAAUUGAUUUAUCUUUAGUGGAUAAGGAUGAAGAUGCCAUCUAUUUCUUGGGAAAUUCUCUUGGCCUUCAACCAAAAAUGGUUAAAACAUAUCUGGAAGAAGAACUAGAUAAGUGGGCCAAAAUGGGGGCUUACGGUCAUGAAGUAGGGAAACGUCCUUGGAUUAUAGGAGAUGAAGUUAUUUUAGGACUUAUGACUGACAUUGUAGGGCAAGACAUAUGUCACUAUAUACAAGGAGCCAAUAAAAAAGAAAUAGCCCUAAUGAAUGGUCUGACUCUGAAUUUACAUCUUCUACUGUUAUCAUUUUUUAAGCCUACAACCAAACGGUAUAAAAUUCUCCUAGAAGCCAAAGCCUUCCCGUCAGAUCAUUAUGCUAUUGAGUCGCAGCUUCAACUUCAUGGACUUCAGGUUGAGAAAAGUAUGAGGAUAAUAGAACCAAGAGAGGGGGAAGAAACAUUGAGAAUGGAAGAUAUCAUUGAAGUAAUUGAGAAUGAAGGUGACUCAAUUGCCGUGAUCCUGUUCAGUGGGGUGCAUUUUUAUACUGGACAGCUCUUUAAUAUACCUGCCAUCACAAAAGCUGGACAAGCAAAGGGUUGUUUUGUUGGCUUUGAUCUAGCACAUGCAGUUGGAAAUGUUGAACUCUAUUUACAUGACUGGGGAGUUGAUUUUGCCUGCUGGUGCUCCUACAAGUAUUUAAAUUCAGGAGCAGGAGGUCUUGCUGGUGCCUUUGUCCACGAAAAGCAUGCCUAUACAAUUAAACCUACGUUAGUGGGAUGGUUUGGCCACGAACUAAGCACCAGAUUCAAAAUGGAUAACAAAUUGCAGUUGAUCCCUGGGGUCACUGGAUUCCGAAUUUCAAAUCCUCCCAUUCUGUUGGUCUGUCCUUUACACGCCAGUUUAGAGAUCUUUAAACAAGCAACUAUGAAAGCAUUAAGAAGAAAAUCUAUUUUGCUAACUGGUUAUCUGGAAUACAUGAUCAAGCAAUACUACAGCCAGGACAAAGCAGAAACCAAGAAAACAGUUGUGAACAUAAUUACUCCAUCCAGUAUAGAGGAUCGUGGCUGCCAGCUAACCCUAACAUUUUCUGUUCCAAUGAAACAGGUUUUCCAAGAACUAGAAAAAAGAGGAGUGGUUUGUGACAAACGUGAGCCAAAUGGCAUUCGAGUGGCUCCAGUUCCUCUCUACAAUUCUUUCCAUGACGUCUAUAAAUUUAUCAAUCUGCUCACUUCUGUACUUGACUCUGCAGAAUCAAAAAAAUAGCAAUGCUUUCCACAGCAAAAUAAGCAAAUAAUGGAAAGCUGCUGUUACUAUUAUUAUUUGUUUUAAUUAUCUGAAGUAUUUUCAAAAUUGGUUACACAUAACUGGCAAUACAGAAAAAUAUGAAAAAUUUUCUGAGUCUGUGGCCUUGAGAAAUCUAUAUUGCUGUCCAAUUUCUUGCUGCUUGGCAGAUCAGACUGUUUACUGGUGUAAGUAUUAUGUACACAGUCUUUAGCUAUUACAUUUCAUGAUCAGUGAAAUGUUUUAUGUUGGCUUAAUUUAUAAUUUGACUAAAAACUUCGAAUUACAUAAAUGGGGAAAUUUUGGUGUCAGUUUUAGAAAUAUUACUUCAGUUUUAAUUUACCAAAGAGUUUUUUAUUGGCAUUGUAGUUGAAUAUAGUGUGACAUAUGUAUGAAAUUUGCAAUGUUCCAUCUAACUUCAACUCUAAGGAACAGAAAACACAUUUUCCAGGGCAAUGACUUUCAAAUAUUUUGGAUACAACCCACACUAAGAAAUACAUUUAAUAUCAAAGUAUUUAUUUGUGUGUAAGCCUUAUUUCAUUGAUUCUACAAUGCAAUUUUUAUAGUAUUUUAACAUUUGAUAAAGAGGAAAUGUCUUUCAACUUUCAUUCAACAGCUUCCUACAACUGCCAUUGGCCAUUCUUUCAUGUCACCAUCCCUGACAUUACCAUCAUUUCAUAGUGAGUAGAUAUCAUCCUAGAUCUGAUUCUGAAAAUUGCAGAUCUAGAAAAAACAAAAGUUUCAUAAAAAUUUGCUUGUGCUCUCAUAUUUAUUAUUCUGUUUUAUUUCAUUACAGCAAAUGCUGGUUAAAGCUCAUUAAAUUGAUUUCUUUACUCACUCUUA